CCAGCCAGGGCCUCCCUGGCUCACAGGGCCCCUGACCCUUGGCGUGACUUGCAGGGGCUGGCAGGGGGGCGGGGAGGAAGCCUGAGGGAGAUGCGGGUGAACUCCCAGCUCCCCUGCUCUAGUGCCAGGCUGAAUUGCAUAAGUCUGGGCUCCCUGAGCAGGCAGGAGCUGGCUCCUUCGCCAGCAACUCUGUGCAGCCUCUGGAGGGUGGCUGGAGCACCAGCUACUGAAGUUUAUUGCUAGCACAAGGCUUUCUCCCUGAAGCCAUGCACAGCUUACCCUUCAGGAGUCUCCUUUGUUAUUCAAACCUCCUGCUCUCCCAGCCCCCAGCCCCGCCCCACACGUGUACACCUACACCUCUCAGGGCUCCACCUCGGCUGCCGCCUGCUCAGAGUAAGCCAGAUGAAGCUGUUUCUUGCUGUGUAAUGCCCUGCCCCCCACCUCCCCGCCCCAGCCCUGCCUGAGCUCCUCUGGCUGCAUGGACAGCUCAGAGUCUGUUGUCCUCCUACUUUCAAUGUGCUCUUGCUUGCCCUCCGUGCCCCUCCAGAGGUGGACUCAAGGGUGCUGGCGUAGUUUUCCCCCAACAACUUCUUCCUAACCGCUCACAGUGUGGAGAUUAGGGUCUGGAGACAACUUUUGGUAGCUUGCCUUUGUAAGGCACUGCAAGAGCACUGUGCAAGGAAACAGCCACUCUUGUCCUAUUCACACCAACUUAACUUUUAUUCCCUUCCCCCUUUUGGAAACCUAGGCCUCAGACAUUCCAGGAAAGUGCACUACCAGUGAGCUGCAUCUGCAACCCUCCUCUCUUGGCAGCACCCCAUUUUUCUUUCCCCUCACACAGAGUCCCAGGGGAGCCCAGAAUUCCCUCUGUGCCCAUUUGGGGAGCUUUCAUUCCACUAUCCAGGUCAAUGGGAAGGAAAGAGGAGAUUGUGCCAAGUGGAAGUCAAGUUUAUUGUGGAAAGCAGCAGAUGGGUCAGUGCCCUCCUGAAAGCAUGCCAUGUUCAGACACAGGAUGCCAUGCAUUUAAGGGUAGUUGUUCAAGGCUAGCCAUAGUAGCAGCUCUAGAAGAGGGGGAUCUCACAGCAUGUUUUCGGGGAACAGCUACAAGAAGGCCACCAGGGAUGUGCUGAUGAACCCUACUCCUGGGACCUGUUAGGGGGAAUAUUGCUUUGGACUUCAGGGUAUGCAGAACUGGCUCCUUUGGUGGACUAAGGCAAGGCAAGAUUCUGUGUACUGGAGUUUCUUUGUUUCUGAGUUUCUGAGAACACACUGUGUUAAGGCUACUAUUAGUAGAUAAAUGGUUCAGCCACCUCUGCCUAGCAUCUCCCUCUCUGCCAUGGAGAAAGAAGGAGGCUCAGGACCUGCUGGCAUAACACAAAGAUGCUUUGCACAGCUUUGUUCAGGCCCUGGAGGAAAGCUUCUCACUUGCUACUGUUGGAAAUGUGGGCAGUUAGUGGCAGUUGUUUUAUUUCUUAGCAGUUGUUACCUGUUUCCAAUGCUUGCCCCAACCCGAUGCGUCCUGGAGAGAGUGGCCAUUAGAGAGUCCUCUGACAGCAUGAGGAGGCUGUCUCAUGACCACUUCUCCCUCCCUAACACCUUCCACCUCUUAACCUAGCACCAUGCCUGCCUACUCUCUCUCUCUCCUCAGCCCCAGAAGCUUCCAGGAAAAACUCACUCCCACUGGGCAGGCCAAAAGAGUUAGUGUUCCAUUACCCAUCCCUCAUAGUAUACAGCCUCACAGGCUGGUCAAAGAGAGAGAAAGAAACAAGCAACCAACUGUGCUCUCAGAGAAAAGCCGAGACCGUGCCUAUGGGAAGUCCUUCAGUGACCAGGAAAGAUUUUUUUUCCAGGGGAGAAAGCCUUCCUUCUUUCUCUCAUCACUAAAGGCAAAUGUCCCAUCCUCAGGAUUCUGUCUUAGCCCUGCCUCUCCUCUCUCCUAUCUGUCUGGGCUACCCUGGGGAAACCCCCUCUGUCCAGUUGACCUCUGCACCUCUGUCUGCUGCCAAGACUAAACAUAAACCUCUGCUCUAGCUCCAACCUAAUGUCCCAUGAAGUACUCCACACCCAGUGGAGCACAGCUUGCUCCAUCCUUUACCUACUGCUCUUCUUUCUCCCUUCCAUCUAGGAACCCAAACUAAGAACCUAGGAGUGGGCCUCCAUUCCACUCUCUCCUUGAUCUCACAUAAUUUUUACCUGGGCAUCCACCCAACCCUUUACCCAACAGUUAUUUGUUACUGAGGCUUGCUCUGACUCAUAGCCCCUGCUCCUCUUGUCCGAUGCCAGUCUCUACCCUUGCCUGUUCUAGAACUGAUUCCUGGCCUCUGCCUCUGACCUUCUUUCUAGCUCACCUACCAGCCACCAUAGUGUUCUUCCCUGUUUUGUUCAUACUGCUUUGUUCACAGUGUUCAUACUUUCUUGCUUUGAGUCCAAACUUUGCUGACUUGGGGUGGUAGUAUCAAGACUGUCUCCCUGCUGUGGAGGGAGAUCCCAAGUGGCCCUAGGAUUCUUGUAGAAGGUGGAGAGAAAACAUCUUACCUUUUGGUUCUGUGUGUAUUUUAAUGCCUAUUAGAAAAGUCUAUACAGUGUAUCUAACCCAUAGUUUCUCAUAGUUUUUGUUAGGGUAAGGUUAAGUGCCUUUAAAGUGAGACUCUGGAUAAAAUGAUUAACAGUAUACUUGCUGCAUGAAAAAGGCAAAAGUUGAGAAACUGGAAAAACAGUUCUUGAGCUCUGUGCAGGGGGUGGGGAGAGGGUUUCUGGGAUAAAGUGUAUGUUCCUCUAGUGAUCUCCAUUAGUGGGCCCUGCCUGCUUCACCAACCUCAUCUGCUGUGACUUCUCAACUUAAACUUGAUAAUACAGUCACAUUGAAUGGCGCCUUCUUUUCCAAAAUCACCCAUUCACCACUUCUGCAAUUUGCUAAAUGUGUUUUCCUCUGCCUGGGGCAUAUCUUCCAUCCUCUGUCACGUUCUGGCAACUUCCUCUUUGUCCUUCAAAGCCCUCAUCCAGUGUCAUCUCUUCUCUGGAAAGUUCCUCAUCUAGUCUCCUUCCUUCCUCACUCUUUCUGUACAUUUGAUCUGGCCUGCAGCAUCUUGCCAGUGCAGACACUGCUGCUUUUGUAGUCUUUAUUUUUGAAAUGGAGUUUUACUUUGUAGUUCAUGCUGACUUCGAAUUCAUUUUGCAACCAAGACUGGUUAUGGCCUCCUUCUCUUCCUGCUUCAGCCUCCCCAGUGCUGAGAUGAGAGGUGUAUGCCACUACAAUUUGGCACUGGAGUUGCUAGGGGUUGAACACAGGAUCUUUUGCAUACUAGGCAAGUGGCUGUACCCUUGAGGUCCACUCCUGGUGCCGUAAUUGGCAUUGCAUGCUGAAAUGGAUUUCAAAGACUGCACAUGUGGGAGGAUGAGAGAGCCCAUGAUUGGGUCUCCUGGCUUUCUUGUCCACAAACCUUCAAGUCAGUUGCUUUUGUUACUUGUAUCUUUUGGUUGUAAACAGUCUGAGAUCCUUAGAGGGGACUCUUAGAAGCACUUACAGGACAUUGUGAGAAUGCACUGUACGAAGCUAGUGUGGAAAGCCUUUUCAAAUUUGAAGUUGCUUUUCAAAACGGGGGGGGGAGAGUAAUGAUUGCAGAGCGGGGAAGGCUCCCAAGCUGAAGGAAGAAAUGGGCCCUGCGUGUUUGAGAGAGCACCAGGAACAGCCACUAAGCUCAGCAGUUGGUACAACUGGAUAGGGACAAGCAGCUGCCUGGUAGGAGAAUUAGGGUGGGAUGAGACAGCAGCAGCAUGCAGAAGCCUAGCAGGACCUUACUUAGAACAUGGGAGGCUGCUUUGAGGGGAGAAACCUUGUCUGCCAACUUCACAUUCUGGAAAUGAUUUUCUCACCAGCUUUCAAGCCUGUCAUUUCUUGAGCAAAUGUUAUUGUGUAUGUGGUGUGGUAGUUAAUAUGUACUUAUGGCCCUGUUGCUACAUAGCAUAUGCAUAGCUUUCCGUGUAGUGCCUUGCAGAGAAGGGAGAGGGACCUUGCAAUUGCCGUACACCUAUUACAUACUAACCCUCUACAUCCACUACUUAACCCAGCGAACCACCGCCAGAGAUGGAUUAUUGAUGCCAUGUUACAGAUUAGGAAGUGAGAACCAGAAGGAGGGCUGCUCCACACGCUGAUAACAAGGACGAUGUAGAAGAAAAACUUGAGCUCAAGUCUGUGUGCCUUUGAAGCUUGAACCUAUUAUGGCAUGUCAUGUGCUUCUCAGCAUCUUUGCUGUGGCAGGAGUUAGUAACCCUGGAGACUGGGUGCUGUGGAAGGAGGAGACCAUGGCUCUGUUCUGGUAGGAUGAGCAAAUCUCUAUAGCAACAAAGACUGCAAUGCCCAGCUUGGUAGAAGUCCCACCAUAUGUCUGUUUGAUAGCAUGUUUUUAUUGUUGGAAUAAUUGAACUCAUGAGGCUCUGUGUUGAGUCCAGAAGCUAGAGCAGGGGUGCCUGAGCUAUCACGAAAGUGAGCAUCUUGGAUAUAAGCCUAAAUCAGUUGUUUAGAGAGGCUUCAGGUCCAGAGAUAGCGGUUAUCAAAUUGGCUUCCAGCAUCCCCUCUCGACAGGUGUGAUGCUGUGAGCAAGGUGACCCACGUUUCAGGUUGAAAAUGAAUGCACCAUAUGAGGGGAUCAUUUGAUUACAUUUUCAUCACAUUUGUAUAGUUGACCUGGCCCUUUCGUAUUCCCAAGUUUAUUGAAUUAUAUAGCGUCCUUGCUAUCAUUAAGAUGGAAGCUAAAUGACAGAUACUUAGGAGGAAGUCAAAUUACACCUCCUCUGGGGGCCUUCUUCCUAAAGACAUAUUUCCCAACCAGGCUUAAUGAUUCCAGGGAAUGAUUUCACUUAAUGCGUGGAAUGAGUUAAAAGUCUAAGCCAGUGAACAAAAAUAUUUCUGAGCAUUUCUUGCCUCCUAUAACUGCAGAGAACCUUACAGCAGAGGUGUAGGUCCUAGAGGUCCGGGCCCAUCAUGGUACAAACUUUGUAUUACUUACUUUUACAUAUCUGUGACCAAAAUACCCAACGGAAGAGUUCUUAUAAAAGGGGAAAAAACUUCACCGUUUCAGAGGGCCUAAUGUAUGCUCUCAUGUCAGAAUGUGGUGACAGAAACAUGUAGGGAGCAGUUCUCCACCCAUGGGAGCCAGGAUGAAGAGCACGAAGAAGGGACUGGGACCAAGUAGAAGCGUCCUCCCUGACCCCAGUAAGCCUCCUCCUAAAGUUCCUACCACUUUACUAAAAUCACUACCAGCUAUAGACAGAACAAAACUCAUAAGCCUACCAAGGACAUGGCAUAAUCAAACUAGGACACCCACAUUUCCUGGACCAAAAGUAGAAGGAAGCUAAAGAAAAUGGUUUAAAAAAAAAAACUAACAAAAAAGCAUGGUGGCCAUCAUAAUGUCAAAUUAUAGGAAAAAUUACUAAAUUUAGUGUAUCCAACCUCACUAAAAUAUGGUAGUUCAGUGAGAACUGAUUAAAAAAACUAUUGAGCAGCAUGAACAAUGCUAUUUUUUGAAAAAAAUAAAGCAUAGGGGGAAAGGGAGAAAUGUUAUAAUUAUAACCUCAAGAAUAAAAAGUUAAAACUAUGGAACAUAAAAAUACAAAACCAUCUCUGCAUGUGGUCAAGAGUGGGAACAGAAUGGCAAAGAAAUGCAAACUUGACUGAUGUGUGAUGCAGGGUGUGUGAUUUUUUGUUUUUUGUUUUUUUUGAGACAGGGUUUCUCUGUGUAGCUCUGGCUGUCCUGGAACUCACUUUGUAGACCAGGCUGGCCUCUAACUCAGAAAUCCGCUUGCCUCUGCCUCCCAAGUGCUGGGAUUAAAGGUGUGCGCCACCAUGCCCGGCGUGAAUCUUUCUUUAACUUAGAUUUCCAUUAGUACUAUUACAUGAUUUGUGCAAGGAAUAAUACAAACCAGUAACACACAGAGCAAUCACACUGGCAAGUCACAAGGACAGACCAAAUCAUAUUUUCCUGAGCCAGCAUAAGCAACUAAAAGACGUCAUACAAACUUGGGUGUCUUUUGAGAUGGGACAGGGAGUGCGGCGGAAUUAGUAAAGAGAGCCCAGGUUUGAAUGGAAGCCCAGGUCCUUAUGUUGCAUCUUUGAAGGAAGUCGUUUAUCUCAGCCCUCAUAGUCUUAGUUUCUUUACUGAUAAUGUAAAGAUAAGAAUAACACAACCAAGCGAGCACCUUUAAUCCCAUCACUUGGGAGGCAGAGGCAGGCAAGCAGAUCUCUGUGAGUUCGAAGCCAACCUGGUCUAUAAAGCAAGUUCCAAGACAGCUAAGGCAACACAGAGAAACCCUGUAUCAAAAGAACAAAAACCAAAACAAACAAACACCCACCUUACAGGGAUGUGGUCUUGUAAAGUAUCAAAUACUGAACAGUGUAAAGCAGUGUUUCUCAUUCUAUAGGUCUUGAUUCCUUUGGGUUUCAAAUGACCCUUACACAUGAGUCAAAUAUCAGAGAUCUCCUGAAUAGCAGAUAUUUACAUAAUGAUUCAGAACAGUAGCAAAAUUACAACUACGAAGUAGCAACAAAAAUAGUGAAACUGUAUUAAAGGGUCACAGCAUUAGGAAGAUGAAGAACCUCUGAUACAGCCUUACCAUGUAUGUAUGUGAUAUAUAUAUAUAUAUAUAUAUAUAUACAUAUAUUCUUUUCUAUAUCUAUAUAGAAAGAGAGAAAAAGAAAGAAAGGGAGGAAGGAAGGAAGGAAGGAAGGAAGGAAGGAAGGAAGGAAGGAAGAAAGAAAGAAAGAAAGAAAGAAAGAAAGAAAGAAAGAAAGAAAGAAAGAAAGAAAGAAAAUGGUACUUUUAUGUUGGAUAUGUUUUAAAUGUGUGGCCUGAAGAUGUGUGUGCUGGAAACCUGGGCCUCAGUGUGGCCAUGCUGAGGUAAUAGAAGCGAGACCUGGAGGAAGAUAUUUAUAGGUCCCUGGGAAUGUGCCAUUACAGGAGACUACCAUAGUUCUCUUGCGAUCCCCCCAAUUAGAUCCCACGAGAGCAAACUGUUAUAAGAUCAAGUCUGACCUUCACAUCUUUCAGACUUCCUGUCUCACCACAUGGUCUAACCUUCUCUCUCAUGAGGCCUUCGGCCAUGCUGUGAUGUUGCUAAAGAAGCCCUCCCCCAAGGCCUAACAGAUGAGACUGUAAGUUAAAUAAACUGUCUUUUUUUUAAAAAUCAGUAUCUGCACUUUGGUACCAAAACCAGACUAAUACGGCUACUGUUUCCCACUGUGCCUCUUUAUUGACCCUGAAGCUAUUCUGGGCCCAAUGCUGCUAGUGGUUUCAGAUGGUGGGCUCUUUGUCUCCUGUGGUCACUGUGAGCAUUACUGAAGUUUGACUGAGUAAGUGAAGCUUUAGUCUUGAGGGGAAAGGAAUCUGGAAUAUGUUACGGUGGGGUUUUUUUCUUCCUUUCCGGAAAUGUUUAAAAUCUAUGGAGAGAAGUUUAGAAUUAUUGCUGAAGGGCAUAAUGAAUUGAAGACUUCCUCAGUCGAUUGCAUCCUGAGCCAGGCUUGAUCAGUUCAGGAUCGUGUGUCUCUAGGCAGGUGACUAUGUCCUCAGAGUUUUCAUGGCCUCCCUGGCCAGUGCAUCCCUUAUAGGAUAGUGGUAAGAAUGAGACUGGGUGCUGCAUCAAAAGCAGCUGUGGUGUAGCAAGCACUGUGUGUUUAAGACUCCCAGAGUAGAAAGGUUCUCAGGGGUUUUCUGAGUACUCUAAGGGAGUCUUGGAGAGGCACAGAGUGAGUAUAUGACCAUGACUCUCUUAUUUAUUUAUUUUAAAAUGUUGUACAGGUGAACAUUAUAUGCUGAGCACAUACCCCACACCUGCCCUUCUUUUUAUUUCCCUAUACCCCCUCGAGUUUGUCUCCUCCUUCCCUAGACAACUUCACUUCUGCAUCCAUUCAGUAUAGAUGUACAUGGAUUUCAUGUGACUGUAAAAAAUGUAGGAAGCACAAAUGAGAGAAAACUGGAUAAGUCUCUUUCUGAGACUGGCUUAACCUGCUUUAAUGUGAUUACCUCCACUUUCAACCAUUUUUUCCCUACAAAUUACCUAACUGUGUUCUUCUUUAUGACUGAAAAAAAAAACCACCAGCCAUUGUAUCUAUAUAGCACAUUUUCCUUCCCUCCUAUAACUCAGUUGUUGUGGGCAGUGCCGCAAUCCACAUUGUUGUGUAAGUAUGUAUCUUUAAAUACAUGUGUUUGGCACUGGUGAUGGAAGCCAGAGCUUGUGCAUGCCGGGCGAACAGUCCUCGCUGAGCCCACCUCAUGAUCAUCACAUUUUUGCAUGUCAACAUUGAAGUGUAUUCCAUGGGGGGGAAAAAACAGACAUUUUAUCUCUUACUACGUUGGAGCCCAGACAUUUUAUUGUGUUUAUUGAAGAACAGGGAAAUCCAGAUAUUUUAAUAAAAAUGAGGUAUAUGGCUGAAACCUAUUCAUCUUCCAUAAACCUUUCAUUUUUAAAGACUCACAGAACCGAGGUGACAUUGCCAAGGUCACUCAGCUACAGAUGUUAAAAUGGGCAACAGUUCAGCUACUCUCUUACUGCUGCUGCCCCUGCAUCAUGGGAGUUGUCCUUUUGACCUCUGGGAGCAGCUGAACUGUUACGGAUACCUUGGGCCUCAUAGCCAUGGCGUGUAACCAUAAUGUGUCCACACGGGAGAAACUAGACAGGGCUCUCACACUGAAAAGAUGAUACUUGAGAUGAUAAGAUGUUCCCUGGUGGGAGCUCUUGCAUGCUGAUAGGUCAGCUCUUUGUCACCCUCAGGCAGUAUCUCCAAAUGAUUUGGGCUGCUUCAGCUUUCUAAGUGCCAUCUGUGACCCUAUCGAGUACUUGUGCUUCACAUGCAGCCUUCGUUUCUCUCAACAGCAGAUUUCUUAUUUCAGAAGUUAGUCUCCUGCCCAAUUCUCCAUGAACACAGAUGGUGGAAUGUGGGGUCCUAGGCAUAUUUUGCUCCCUGUUACAUAGAGUCCUGUUCCUGAUAUUAGGGAGGAUGUCACAGGGCCAUUUCUGGAAAUUCCUUAUAGGGUUAGGACAGGGGUGAGCCGUGCUAUUGACAGCUCUUAAAGCUUGUCUCAGAGAGGAUGUGCUGUCACCUUGGCCACACUGGGAGGGAGAGAUGACCACCAUCCAGCAUCCUUCACAGUGCUUUGACUUUGUGCGAGUGAGCAAGGAAUGAUGUCUGAGUUGCCAUCAUUCUUGCUGAAGACACUUGGGUGUUGGAGAACCUGUUCCUGCUUCUGAGUUCUGGCUCAGGGAUUUCUGGCUCUGCAGCCAUUUUUCCCCUAUGCCUGUGUUCUCACCUCAUGGCUGUACACUGCUGCUCCCACCCUCCCCCAUGCCAGACUCUUGACUUUGGGUUUGACGUUAGUUUUCACCUCUUCUCUAGAGACAUCAGGGCCUGACCUGGGAGACAGGGACUGUGACCAGGGCAAGGCACAAAGGUUCAAAAGUUGAGAUCUGUUGGGGUGCCAACCCAAAGAAUAAUUGUAAUCCACAGAACCUAAAGUCACAUUACUGGAUCUGGGGAUGAUGAAGGUGGCUUCAUUCCCACCAUUAUCAGGAUUCCAACCCCCAAGACAAAGUCUGUGUUACAGAAACUUGCACACACCAUUUCCAUUUUCCUAGCCAAGGGACAACAGUUUAUCCUAACACCAGUCAAAUUCUAAGCAGAGGUGGAGUGGGGGCAAAAUGUAAAUAUUGACCGGGAUUUUAGUCCUUAGCUUCUUCAAGUGUUCAACAAUAUCUCUCUGGCUACAGGGGAUGGUGACUCUCUCGUGUCACAGCAACAGCAGUCAGCUGCAUCCCAGGAGGGCCACCUGGAGUGAGAAACCACUGUGGCAGGGGAGGAAGAUGAUAAACUAAGGCUUGUGCAAGGCAGGUCAGAGGUCACAGGCAAUGGGAGCCAAGAGUGAGGCCAACAGCACUUUAAAAUGCUUCCCUGAACCUUGUGUAGAGGUCUAGAGUGUAGAUGAGAUAUGUCCCUAGGAAGAGCGUUGGGAAACAUAGGCAAGCACUGGAAGGGUCUGUACUGAGCCAGACAGUAUUUUGCAGAUAUUAGCUCAGUUCACACAAUGCCCGUAUAGUAUGUGUGCUUUUAUUAUCUUGAAAGGGGGAAUCUAUAGAUUUGCAAAUGUGCUUUGUGUAACAUCUACAGAGGCCUACAGACAGUAAAGGAAGAAGCUGAGAAUGUGGGCCUGGGUGCCAGGGCUUCCAAGUCUGUCCUUAAGUCUUUGCUUCUAUAAAAAUCUGCCCAUGUGAGGGAAGUAAGACGCUCACCCCAGCUUUGCCCUCUGGAAUGGCUACACAUUAGCAUUGGAUUUCAGCAUCUCUCAAGAAUUCCCCACCACCCCAUAAUCAGCAUCCAAACGCUGACACCAUUGCAUACACUAGCAAGAUUUUAUUGAAAGGACCCAGAUGUAGCUGUCUCUUGUGAGACUAUGCCAGGGCCUAGCAAACACAGAAGUGGAUGAUCACAGUCAGCUAAUGGAUGGAUCACAGGGCUCCCAGUGGAGGGGCUAGAGAAAGUACCCAAGGAGCUAAAGGGAUCUGCAACCCUAUAGGUGGAACAACAUUAUGAACUAACCAGUACCCCGGAGCUCUUGACUCUAGCUGCAUAUGUAUCAAAAGAUGGCCUAGUCGGCCAUCACUGGAAAGAGAGGCCCAUUGGACACGCAAACUUUAUAUGCCCCAGUACAGGGGAACGCCAGGGCCAAAAAGGGGGAGUCGGUGGGUAGGGGAAUGGGGGUGGGUGGGUAUGGGGGACUUUUGGUAUAGCAUGGGAAAUGUAAAUGAGCUAAAUACCUAAUAAAAAAUGGAAAAAAAAAAAAAAGAAUUCCCCUAGCUGGACUUAGGGACACAGCCUGUAAUCCCAGCACUUAGAAGGAUCAUGAACUUGAAGUCAGCUUUGACUACAUAAGACACUAUCUGGGGGAGAAAAAAUGUUCUGUGAUGGUUCUCAACCUGGGGAGAUUUCAAACUUCUGAGGGGCCCCACCCUUCAGAAGUCUUGGUCUUAUUGCUCUCAUAUAAAGCACAGCCUGCAGGGAGUAUGGAAAGGGUAGACCAGCAGGCUUCACAGAAACACCUUGAGGUGUACCUGACACACAUCUGCAGUCUGGCCUGCCUCUCUACCUGUGGCUGUAGCUUUUUCCUCUCUAGCAACAGCCAGAUUUCCUGAGAGGUACACCCAAUCCUCUUCCCUCUCCUUCUUUAACCUGCUGUAGUGUGGCCUCUACGCUACAAAAUCCACCUUUGCCAAGCUCCUUGCCUCAGUGCUGCUGAAGUGACUAUCACCAGCCAAUGCUACUCUUAAAUGUAGUCCCUUAGUCUUUUUUUAACAAUGGCUUUUUAAAAACCAUGUGAUAGAAAUUGGCCCUGAAGGUAGGAGCCCCAGAAACUGCUGCUCCUGUGCUGAGUUGAAAAUCUUAAUACAGGUGAUUUCCACACACCCACCCCAACCCUCAAACUGCAUUCCCAUCUCAGUGUCCCUGGCUGAAACAGAUGAGAACCCAGCUUAUGCUGGGUCUCCUCCCACACUGUGGGCAAGAAACAGUCAUGCAUCUCCUCUGACUAGAAAAUGGUUAGUGGGGUGCAGGCCAAUCCCUGGCCCAUACUCAUUUCAGCAGUAGAGCCAUUUAGCUAUUUAGUACUGGGGAACAAAAGAGUCUAUUUGUAAUCGGCUCCUGGCCCACACGCCUUGUUUUUGUGUCCUUGUCUUCUAAGCGUACAGAAACAAAUUUGAACAAGUUGUGUUUUCAGUACUUUAAAGCCAGUGACUCUUUCAUGCUUUGUGCCCCGGGAAAUAGUCCUUGCUAGAAUCUGUGAUCUGAUGUGUGAUGGAGGUAGAACCAAUGAAGAAGGUUAGCAGUCUCCUGAUGCCACAGAGAGUGGGACUGGAUUCCAAGUCCCGUUGUCCUCUGACAGAGUACCUUAGGAGAGUCCUUGUCUGGAGCUGAGGUUCACUCACUUCCCUCCCAUUACCUGGGACCUAUCAUCUAGCCCUGUGCUUGGUGAGUAUGCUCUACAUUGUAGGGUCCUUCCUAAGAGCUGGAGAAACUGAAUUGAGUUACACCCAGCUAGUUUACAGACUUGUUCCAGGCCAAGAGGGAAAGCGUGUGUGCUUGAAAGACUUGCAAAAAACAGGGCCUAUCUCUGUGCACGUCUCUCCUCUGGGAAGGAAGGGGCCUGCAUGGUGACAAUAGACCAGGGAGCUGACUCAGACAGCCAGUUCCUGUUCAUUUCCCCUCUCAGCAGGACAGCCGCUGAGCGGGAGGUCAGCCCUCCAUGAGGCUGGGACUCAGCCUCCUUUCAGCCGAGAUCCUUACCUAGAGAAAGAUAAACCUGACUCACAGACAGCUCCCCUCACUGUCCAUCAGCUGUGACUGAGGCGAACAGAACCACUGAGGUCAUAGGUGGAGAGCCAGGGGUUUGAAAAGAGAAAGGUGAAAGUCCCAUUUUGAAUCCAGGAUUGCCUUUCCUGGACUGGACUGCCCAGGAACUUCUCUGAGCAAUGUGAUUGAUAGGGCCGAACUGGCACAGCCAGUGUGCUGGGAACUGGCUAAGGAAGUGACCCUGGGUGCUCUACUGAGGAACCUAGGGACAGGUUUGGAAUAACGUGGAGCCCCUGGGGUCUGGGCUCCCAGAGUGAGCCUGGCACACAUUUCUCUGCUGUGUGAGGAUUGGCUGGAAGUGGGUAUCCACACCACUAGGAUGGAGAGAGGCGAGUCUCUUACCCUCUUCUGGAGCCGGGGAGGUCACAGCAGCAGCCCCACAGGCAGCCUGGCCCGCUCUGCCACCUCAGACAUCAGGCCUGGCCACUCAGCUCCACAAGUUGUUCAGGGAAGAGUUGCUGUUGGGCAGGAAGCUCGGUUCCCAAGUCUCACCUCACCAGGACUGAGACACUCUUCUAGUGAGCCCGGAGACGCUCACCAGGCACGCAGUGCCUCAGACCAUCCCGGCAUGGAGAGCAUGGCAGUGGUGUACAGUGUCCCCAGUUCUUGCAAUGGACCAACAGAGUCAACAUUCUCCACUUCCUGGAAGGGAGAUGCUUUCACAUACAUGACCCCAAGUGCCAGCAGCCAGGGCAAUCAAGUCAGUGAAAAUGGAAAAAACCCUUCCUCGGGCAAUUCUUGGGUCCCUCUGAACACACUCCCACCUCUGGUUCCUAAGGAGGCGGCCACGCUCUUUGUCACCCGUGAUAACCCAGCAGGAUGCACUGGGCUACCCAGCUACUCUGAGCACCCCACUCUACGAAGACAGAUACCAGAAAGACCUCCCAAGAUUGGCCUUCUUGCCCGUGGUACCUCAAGGCUGGAAACAGGCCCAGGUGGGACCAACAGGUUCCGGGAGCGGUCACUGUCUGUACCCACAGACUCGGGUGUUACCUCAGUGGACUAUGACGAAGAACAGAAGACCAGUGAGACCCGCAUCCUGCCUUAUGCCAGUACAAGCUCCGAGGGCAGUAACAGUACUGACAACAUUGCAGCCCUCAGCACUGAGCAGGAGGCACGGCACAGAAGGCAAAGAUCCAAAAGUAUUUCACUCAAGAAGGCCAAAAAGAAGCCCUCUCCACCCAUGCGAAGUGUCUCACUCGUCAAAGAUGAGCCAGCCCUCCCACCAGAAGGCGAAUUGGUACUGCCCAAGGACCAGAGGCCUAGGAGCCUUUGCCUCUCCUUGGAACACCAAGGGCACCACCCACCUCACCCAGAUGCUCAAGGUCACCCAGCUGUGCCAAUGCUCAAAGAUCCAGGAAGUACGCAGUUCUCUCACCACUGGUAUCUUACUGACUGGAAGUCUGGUGACACCUACCAGUCCUUGUCCAGCUCCAGCACUGCCACCGGCACCACGGUCAUUGAGUGCACUCAAGUUCAGGGAAGCUCAGAGUCUCUGGCCUCCCCUUCCACCUCCAGAGCGACAACACCCUCCCAGCUCUCCAUUGAGGUGGAAGCCAGGGAAGUAGCCUCUCCUGGGAGGCCCACUGGACUGAUGUCCCCUUCCAGUGGUUACUCCAGCCAGUCAGAGACACCCACACCCACUGUCUCCAUGUCCUUGACCCUGGGCCACUUACCUCCUCCAAGUGCUAGUGUCAGAGUACGUCCAGUGGUACCAGAAAGGAAGUCAUCACUGCCCCCAACAUCACCAAUGGAGAAAAUCUGCAAGUCACGGUUAUCAUUUGACCUACCACUGACCUCUUCAACCACCCUGGAUCUGUCGGGGAUGAGUAUCUCCAUCCGCAGCAAAACCAAGGUGAGCCGCCAUCACUCUGAUACCAAUUUUGGGGUCAAACUGGCACAGAAAACUAGUCCAAACCAACCGAUCAUGCCCAUGGUUACUCAGUCUGACCUCCGUUCUGUUCGCCUGAGGUCAGUCAGCAAGUCUGAGCCAGAAGACGACAUUGAGAGUCCAGAUUACAUAGAGGAACCUGGAGCAGAGGAAGUCUUCACCAUGCCAGAGAGAAAAGUGAAACCUCCCAUAGCCGAGAAACCUCCAUUGGCCCGAAGGCCUCCAAGUUUGGUCCACAGGCCGCCCUCUCUCCCUGGGGAGUAUCCACUAACUUCUCCUACUAUGGCUAUGGCAUCCAGGAGCUCCAUUCCACACAUGAAGCAGCUUCCCCAAGACAGCUACACAGUGUUGCGGAAACCAAAGUCACCCAGCUUCCCCGGGGAGUCAACAGCAUCCUCCAGCCUUGUCCUCUCACCUCUUGCCAGUUCCUCUGGUGCUUUCUUCUCAGGAACACAGCAACCUCCCCAGGCCAGUGUAGAAGACGGGGGCCCCAAGGUGAGAGCCCUGCCUGAAAGAAUCGGCCUCCAGAGCCAGGAAGAAGCUGAGAAAAAGAUGACCAAGAUUCCACCUCCGGUACCAAAAAAGCCCAGUGUGCUCUACCUGCCUCUCACCUCCCCUGUAGCUCAAAUGGAUGCCUGCAUGGCAGAACCAAGGCUACCUUUCAGCCCCAUCAUCACCCUGGAGGAAGAUGGCAAGUGUCCCUCCACUGGUGAUGACCAGAAGUCACCUGGUAAAGGGGUGACUUCGCCUCUUCACACUGACACAGAAAAAGAGGCCAUCUCUCCAGGGAGGUCAGUGGAACCGAGUGCUGAAGAGAAAAGUUUAAUCAGUGAUAAAACAGCCGAAUGGAUUGCAGAGGAGGAGGAUGACGUGUUUGUGGCUUCCCGCACAACUGAAGAUUUAUUUACUGUGAUACACAGGUCCAAAAGAAAGCUACUGGGCUGGAAAGAGACUGGGGAGGGCUUCACGGGAAGCAAACCCAGCUCCCAUUCACCAGUGAAGAAUACAGCUGAUUCUCCCACCGGUGAGGCUGCUGCUGCCCCAGGGCCAAGUAGCAGUGCCUGCCUAGAUGCUGGUAGAAAUGAUGAUUUCAAGGCCUUGCUCCAGAAGAAGGGAAGUAAGGCAACUCCCAGGACCCGCCCCUCAGCGGCCGAGCUGCUGAAGACCACUAACCCUCUGGCUCGAAGGAUUAUUGCACAGUUCUCAAAAGACUACGAACCCACUGACAACCCCAGUACCUAAGCCCUGCUUCUAACUUCCUAGGCCUGAGUAGAGAAGGAGAAAGAGAGAGAGCUUUAGAAAGGAACCAACCACAGGAAUGACAAAAGAAUCGAUGUCUUUGAUGUUAACUCACACUCUGAACAGCAGAGAGGACAACACAACAAUGGAGCUCACCUGGCACUCAGAUAGGCUUCAGACCUUCCACAUUUCCAUUAUUCCAUCCUUGCCAUGACUGAACAUCGGAGUCCUACUUCUUGUCUCUAGCCCUGUGCACUAAGAGAGCCUCAGAUUGGAGAGCCACCUUUUCAACGUCCUAUUGUCUUUGUCCAUUGGCUCCUGUCACUGAGGGACACAGUACGGAGAACAGAUUGGGACCUUCUAAAUCAGGCCUGGGGACAGAGGGUACCAGUUCCCACUGUUGAUUAUCUACUUCCUUGAAGAGGCCUUGAUGGCCCUUUGUGAAGACACAGAAAGACACCAAGGCCUCCUCAACCACAGUGUGACUUUCCUCCAGAGAGAGUUCUGUAGGCGUGCACUAAUUACGGCAUGGGGUUGAUUGGAUGGCUUUUGUGGUGCAAACUAUGACUGUGACUCUUCCAAAACUUCAUGCCUUUUUCAGUUUGAUUGUCUAUGCGGAGAUCAGGGUGAUGAGUUUUAAUAAACUUCUAGGACCCCCCCCCAUUAGCUAAUGAACCAAGCUCAGCCAAGGUAACUCGCAUGCACGCCUUGAGGUCUCUCGAGUGUCUGUCAACAUAGGUAGCCAGGAUCUGUGCCCAGCUCAUGCUGUAUACUCCAAGAACGCUCAUUUCACUUGCAUGUAACAUUCAUUUUACAGGAAGUACUUAGGUAAAGGACCGGCAUCAUGGAAGGCUCCAGGAGUGGAAAGAAUGGUAUCUUGUCCCGAUACCAUUCGAUUCAGAUUGUGCUAUUUUGUGGUUGCUUCGAUUUUGUUUAAAGGAAGUCUGACUCUUUCGAAAGUCCAGAACCUGUAUACUAAAAAAAAGAUCCACUCAAAAUCAAAAAGGCAGCCAUGCUAUGGCCCAGGAUACAAGGGCUACUUUUUGCCAUCUAGGUACUGCUAUUUGGCCAACUUUCAGUUAGCUGUGGUGGAAGACAGCAGAUGUGGAAAGACUUCCAGAACAACCACAAUGACCCCUUCUUUUCCAAAGUCAUCAGGCACUGGCCAUUCUUGUCAACUCAGUUUUGUAAGCAAAGCAAGAGCUCCUGAUUUCCAUAUACCUGCUUUCUGGGGGGCUAGGGAUAAGAUGGGCAAAACACUGAGCAGAGAAACCGUGCUUGCCUGUGUUGGAAAGCUCUCGGUCUUCUGGUCCCAAGGGGGCCAAAAGGAAAUGAACUUGUAUCGUGCUUUGCAAAAGCAAACAAACAACAAAAAACGGUUCCCUGCACCCUUCCUCCUGUACCCCUGCCCACGGCACUUCUGCCCUUCCAGAUUCCUUGCUCACUCUCCUGGAGGAUGCAGCAAGAGGCCAGAAACAAACAGAUCUCCAUUUUGACAAUCCUUAUCAAUGAGAAGCAAGCUCUUAGCUCAACUGCCCACACUCCAGCAAGGCAACAUGGCUGAAACUGAAAUAAAACUCCACUGAGUGCUGAGAAGACUCGAGCCCCUGGCAUGGAAGCCUUAGGCUGAAAUCCUUGGUUGGGUUGGUCUAAUUCUGAAUUCUAGACAAAUGAAAAUAGGUCAAGCUCACCAACUGUCUUCUAGCACUUCUCUCAGACUUAAGGGGAAAAUGGUCUCUUAAAUAAUAAGACAGUUCUGAGAAACUAUAGUUGUUUUGGAAGUGUUUAAAACAUUUGACAUGAAGAUCUUAACCAAGUUUCCUAAGUUUUGACUGAAUUGAAACAAGAGUCAGGCAGGAAUGUGUGAUGCAGUUUUGAUCCCAGCACCUGGAAGAUGGAGCCAGGCAGAUCUCUGUGAGGUUGAGGCCAGCCUGAUCUACAUAGCUAGCUCCAGGCUGCUGAGGCUACAUAGUGAGAUCUGGACUUCAGUCUUGGCCUUAGUUUAUAUAGAAGUAUCACAGCUGACCUGAACUCAGAACUCCAAAAGACAGAGGCAUUUGCCUCUGUAGGGAAAUGAAGGAGCGGAUGCCCAUGCUUGUGUCUAAGAGAAGCAAAAGGCUCCCUGGCUCUGCCCUUCAGAAGCAUCGUGAGUGGUUGAACGUGUGAGCAUAUGGGACUCUGUAUAGGGCUUGCUACUUUUGCUGAUUUUUUUUCUUUGCAAGUGUCUUGUUUGUUCCUUCUCAUGGGUUUUGCCUCUCCCCUCACCUUGCUACCUCUGGAGGUGUUCCCCCCCCCAAAAGAUUGUAAAACUGAACGCUUAGACCGCUUGAGGUGGUUUCAGUUGCCUGAACCCUUGUUUUCCUCUGCAAAACUCUGUGGGCCCGGGAUGUUUAGAACAUUUCUGCAUCACUAUGACCCUCAGAAACCCAUUAGCACAAAAGGAUUUGGGGCAGAGACUUCACAGUCAGAGAAAAGACUUAGGCCUGGGAAUGUCCAUUCAGUGUUUGCAGGAGUGGACCUAGUCCUAAAGAAACCAGACUAUUGGGGAAAAGAUUUACCACUCAUUGAUCAGCACACCACCAAGCAUCUUUCUAAUACUUAACCUUCUCUUAUUCAACUCUCUUCCCUGGGUACAAUGUAUGCUGCCGGUGAGGAUGGGGGAAAGUUGAGGAGAAACUCUUUUCAGGGAGGUUCUCUGGGAAGUUGCUUCCAGAGUGAUCUCUAUAGGUAGAAUAGACAGUAAGUUGGAGGGAACUCAAAUUGGCCCCAGGUAGUCAGCCUCUGCUUCAAGCUAUUUGUAUUCCCCUGUUUCCCUCCAGCUUCAAUCUUUAGUGGUAGGUGGCUCUGUUAGAGUGAAUAUAGACAAAGGUUGGCAAGACGCCCCCCCCCAUCCCCACCCCAAGAUGCAAUUAAUGCUUUGUACUUGGUGGGUAUUGAUUUGUGGUUCAAAUGUGAGUGGUGGAGAGCAGGCUAGUCUUAGUACAAAGGCUGACUUUGCUUGUGGCUCCUCCCCUUUGCCUGUACUCCUGGCCUGCAUGGGCCUCCAACUUGUCCUCCAGUCCUAACACCCGUGAACUGCACUGGUACCAACAGCUCAGCCACAAAGGAGUCAAGGCCAUGGGCAGCCAAUCCAUUCCUGUUAGCUUCAUGACCCCAAGGUUAAGGUUCUGCCAACAAGCAUUCUGCCUGACAUCUACUUUAUCUAGACAACCCAGAUCCAGUUGUCUCCGUACCUUGUCACUCUGAGCAGAUCUACCCAUGCACCUGUCCACCCCCCUCCUCCUCACCUUUGAACCAGUCAGGAAAAAAAAAAAAAAAGACUAGUUAUCUAUCAAUCACUCAGUGCUCUGUUGCUCACUGCUCCGCCCUCUAUGUUAGCCAAGUCUGUGGCACAAUGGUGAGCUUUUCCUUUGCUAUGAUUUGCCAGGGCCAGGACUAGGGUGAGGCGAUUGGGGAGACGCCCACUCUCAAGGCCCCCGCCAGUGCCUUACCCUUGCCUUGGCCCUGCGAUUUGCACUCUGUAAAGUUGUAUCGGUUACUCUUCCUGAGUGUAGUUGUGAUUUGGGGGGCAGGUUCUGCACCAAAUGUUUCUUUGCUGUUUCUCCAUUUGUUGCCAGAAGCCUUUGUAUGCCUAAGCAUUAGAGAAUCUUAAGUAUUAUCACAAGCAUGUCUAAAUGGCCUGCUCCAGCUGGCAAAUGAGCACCCCGGUCAGGAGGAACACUAUGGCCUGAGCCCUUCAACAGUCAGUUGGGGGUCUGCCCCUGUGACCUUCUGUCUGUUCUUUCUGCUUCAUUCUCCCUUGUAGUCCUUGUGGCCCAGCACCGAUUCUCCUCAGUGCCUCCUACUUUGUUCUCCUCCUAAGAAGAAAACAUGCUCUCAGGAAAGGGAUGGAUUCGUUUGCUUUGAGACCGGGAGGCUUAAUGCUACCUUUUCUGAGGGCUGCUUGCAUUUGAACAGGGGAACAGCCUUAAGCCAAAGGAAUGAAGUUCUUGCAGAAUGUUAGGCAUCAACUACUUGUACAAGUUCUUUUCACCAUGGAAAGACCACACUCCCUGACGGCUGCUUCCAGAGCAGAGAAAACACCGUUUUCUCCUGGAAUCAUUGUAGUUAGUAGCUGAUGGUCAAUUGUCUAGCUAAUAGCCCUGUGCUGUUUUCCUACAAGGGACUCUGAGAUAAAGCUACUUAAAAGCCUCUGAGAAGGCCUGUACCAAUCAUUCAUAUUGUACAUUAACAUGUUUGUGGAAAUGGGAUUAAUAUUACUUGCCGUUUAGGUAAAAGACACAAAAGAUUUAAGGAGUUUGUGAAGUGUGUCCUGUUUGUGCAAGGUGACUCUGUCGAAUCCGUUUCUUACUGAUGUCAGUCGUCCAAUAUCAGUGGUGGUUAUUGAUUGGUUGGAGGUACAGUUCCUAAGCACAGGCCUCCACUCCCCUCCUGCCAUUUUGUCUCUGUUUUGUGCUUUGACUCCGCCUUGGUGUGAGAAUGAGACCUUAUCUAAACCAGAGCCCCCAGUCCCUUCAAUGCCUUUGCAUGUAUUUCAGCUAUAAGUGACCAAGAUAGUAAGAAUUUAAAAGGACAAGAGAGUAGGAAAGAGGUACAAAAUAGUGCCUUUGUCAAAAGUCAGAAAAACAGUACGAUGAUUUUUAAAUUACACAAAAGAAGCCAAGUCAAAUUAUUUUAAAAUACUUUGAGAUCAACUUAUGGAGGACUAUGGUGGUGAGUGGUUUUUAGACACAUGAUGGAGGCACUUUAAUAAGUUUAGCAAGAAGAAAUUUGCCUAGUAAGGAUUCUGUGAAAUAAGUAUAUACUUUUGUUCAGUAAAGGCCCAAAUAUAGGCCACUGGUUCUCAAAGUGUGAUCUUGGAACCAUCAAGAGCAACAUAUGAGAGAGAAGAAGGGGGAGGAGCGGGAAAGAAGGAGGGGAGAGGGAGAGAGAGAUUACUCCUUCAAGCCCCCCAAAUCACCAGAGCCACACCUCUCCAACAAGCUACCAGUCUUUCCUACUGUUACAGUUACCAGUCUCUGGCAAAGAGGCAUGUGUACCAUCUUGGUCAGCUACACGUUUGCUCAAUGUUAAGAAAUUGCCAGAUUGAAUCAGGCCCAUCUGUCCUGGAUUGGUUUUUAAAAUAACAACAACAACAACAAAGGGGACAGUGGUGGUUGCCGUGGUCCCAUUUGAUAUUACCAGCCCUUAAAUCAAUGUCCUCACCUUGGUGACUGUUCCCCAGGAGGGCUCCAGCAGAUUUGAUUUUUGUUGAGGUUCUGCUUAAUGUAAAAAGUGUGGCAUUUGAUAGUAUUGACCUUCUCCCUACAGGGAAUCAAAUGAACACCAGAACCAGGGCAGCCAGUUAACCCCCCUCAGCCUCUUCGUACUGCUAAGCUUUAUAGAAUUAUUCCGUAUGUGGUCUUGAGAUUUUCUAUGUCCAAUUUUAUAAGAUGUUCUGCAUGCAAACACAACAUUGUAGUCACCGUACCAGUCACCUCAAAGCCAUUCCUCCUCCAUAUGUGUGCUGGUGAAGAAAUACCAACAUGUAUGUUCUAAUGUUUUCUGAUCAGCUGUAAAUUACAUUUUCAUUAAUUUUUAAAUGAGAUAUAUUUACUCUGGCUAGCAGUUAAAAUUUUAUUCUUUUUAUUAUCUUUCAUUGCUACUUUUUUCUACUGACUCCAAGGCUUACUUUGGGGGUGGGUGGGAUUUCUUAUUUCUAGAUUGAUAUAAUUCUCUUAUUUCUAUAUUUAUCUAUAAUCACAGAGUGUAAGAGCUGAAAGGGACCAACCUCCCUCUUUUCAUAGAGGAAAUUAAGGCCCAGAAGAGUCAAGUGGCUCACUGAAGGUCACACAAUGAGUCUGAGGCAGGGCCCAGCAUCAAUUCUAGGUCCCUGGUCUCUGGGAUGAAUGUCUUGUCAUUUAAAGCACUAUAUUUAUGAAGGACCCAUGACUGGCUUCUACUUGUCUGACAUUAAUUUCCCGGGUAUUUCAGUGAAAAAAAAUUCUAUAUGCUUUAAGGGAACAUGCGCAAGCGUUCUUUAGUUUAUGAAUCCAAAGAAAAUCUGGUUUUUAGUUUAGAAAUGCAUCUCCCUCCAUGUUUGCUAUCUGUGCCCUACUUCGUACAGGGGAUGUUUUUCCUAAGAGCUAUGUAGAAAAAUGGAUUUAUAUAGAAUAAAUUUCAUUUUUAGUAGGAAAGCUUCCCUAUGUAAGGGAAUCUUCUAGGGGAUUCUUUUGGAAAAACAAAACUUUUCUUGUCAUUUGUUCUUUAAGGUCUUUAAUUCUUUAUUAGUGUGAAUUUUUGUACUUGCUGUUUAGUUAAAGUAGGGCAAAGCAGUGUUAGCUUUCCCAGAAUUUACUAGAACCUUACCUUCCUCAUCUUUUUGUGAAAUCUUCAGACUGUGGCAUGCUUAUGAACUACUCAAUUAUGUUCUAGAAACUUCACCUCGCUUGAUAUUUUACCAAUCCCUGGGCUCAAAAUUCCUCCUUGAUCUGAUCAGAUACUAACAGAGCUCCCUAAUCAGUACUCAUCUCUACAUGUGGUCUCUUUUCCAGAACAUUCUUUGCCAGUAUUCCUUAGUGUGCUCUUCCUUUAGCCAUCUCAGGCCUCCUUCCAUAAAUCACACAUACCUCACUGUCCUAUGGACCAGCAGGCACUAUACCUUGAGGGUUAUGCUAUGAUGCUGAGGAAUAUUUCCUGUUACUUCCAUGUUCUCAUUCCCCUUGGAUCUUCUCUGGCUUCCAGGCUCAAUGAACUUAUCUCACCAGAGACUGAUGGUUUGGUUUUUUUUUGGGGGGGGGUUGGUUUUGUUGUUGUUGUUACUGUUGUUGUUUGUUUUUUCCAUUGUUUCAGGAAAUCAAUAAACUUUUUUCUACAAAGGGCCUGGGAGUAACUAUUUUAGGUUUUUGUGGGUCACGUAUGAUUUCUGGAACAGAUUCUUUUUUUGUGUCUAUAGUUGUUUGUUCAUUCACUUGUUUUUACAACCUUAGGAACAUAAGAAAACCAUUCUCAACUCACAAACCAUGAAAGGCUGACCCCCUGAAUCACACUUUCUUUUCUGUGACCAGCCCCAUGUGUAAAGUGGGUGAGGCUGGCACGAUGCCUCAGCAUGAACAGGUACCUGCCACCAAGCCUGAUACACUGACCUAAGUGAGUAGAACCCACAGGUAGAAGAAGAGAGUCAACUCCUGCAAACUAUCCGCUGACCUCUGCACACGUGCAGACACACAGGCUCACACAUACAAAUAGAUAAAUGUAAUAAUUUACAAAGGUUUUCUUUAAGUGAGUCUUGUACUAAAUGCUGUCACUAACUUCCAUCCGACCAUUCUGUCCACAUUGGGACAAGUACAGGUCUACACAUGACAGUCUUUCUCUGUGUCCCCCUAUUAUUCAUAUAUAUAUAUAUAUAUAUAUAUAUAUAUAUAUAUAUAUAUAUGAAUAAUAUAUAUAUCACCUUAUUUCCUUAUAUGGAUCUGUUCCAUUCAUUGUGUCUCUGUUUGCCCAAGAUUGGGGUAAACUGGUAGGAAAGUUUACUUAGAACUUUUGUCCUGUCCUUGCUCGUCCUGUCUUGGACCACCUGUCAUAUCCCACACUACCAUCACCAGGUUAGGGUGCUGUUAUUCAAAAACACAUGCUAUAAGAUUCCACUUCAGUUUACAAUUUCCUGGAAAAAUCACCAACUUCCUGGUUCCAUAGGCUGACUUUCAAACCCAGAAUACACACAUAUCUCUGUCCUAACGCAAUUGAUGCCUACCACUGGACAGCAUGGAACCCCAGCAAAGAAAAAAAAACAGGGUGCAGGAAAUAUUUGUGCCAAUGUCCCCUGCCUCCUGAGUCCCCAUGACCUAGAGUGUGUCAUUACAUUCCUCCAACCAACCCAACACACCACUUCCUGUUUUCUUAACUCUAUCCUGCUCCCAUCCUACCCCUCCCACUUUCAGGAACUGGAGUUCAGAUUCACAGUUCUCACACUGUGUGCACCCAUGGCUGCAAACAUUGGAAAGCUGUGUGUGUUUUCUGCAGCUGGCUGUGAAUUGGACCCGAGUGUGUGCAUAACAUACAGUGCUCUCAUUGGUCCUCUGCUUCGGGACCAGAUCUCAGGAAAGUGGUUAAGGAAGGGAAUGGCAGAGAGAAGGGUCCUAAUGCAUAUCUCUCUCUCUCUCUCUCUCUCUCUCUCUCUCUCUCUCUCUCUCUCUCUCUCUCUCUCUCUCCCUCCCUCCCUCCUUCCUUUCUCUCUCUCUCUCUUUCUUUCUUUCUUUCUUUCUUUCUUUCUUUCUUUCUUUCUUUCGAGAGCUUCUUUGCAUUAGCUUGUGCUAGCUGACUCCUCUCCUAUGGAACCAUUUAAAGGAACUCCUCUGUGUCAUUCCUGGGCAGGACAGCAUCCCUGCCCAGUCAGGAUUUGUAUUGCAUGUGGACUCAGUUACUGGGACAUAGAUGUGGCUUUUCAAACUCAACAAACUCACUCCUUAGGCCCUUUAGCUUGAUUUCUGUCUUUUGAGCCCAGGGAUCCAUCUCUUUCCCGAAAUCUAAAAUUUCAAACAUCAGAAUCAAGUAAGUUUCAAAGUAACUUUCAAGCACCCAUGACAUGAUUCAUUUCUGCCUUCUGUUUAGGAUUUCCAGAAGUAGGAAGGGAAGGAAAAGUGGGUUGUGCCUUGGACCCAAGAGGAGCUCAAAAGCAGAGUGAGGACUAAGAACUGGUCAGUCCUGCUGUGCAGCCCUGGUACAGUUGUGUUGGGUUAGUGCUGCACUCGGUGCUCCUGGGCCCACUAUGCCCUGAAGACAAAUGCCAGAUGAGAAUGUACAGACUGAUGACCUGCACUGAAAGGCAAGGGUAACGCCCACCCCCGGGGUGGGACUGUAUCCUGGAUUCCCGUUCCAGUAGCAGUAAGUAGGAGAGAUCACAAACCCAGUCUUUGGAGGAUUCCAACACAAACUAGAAGAGAGCCCUCUGUGGGCUGAUAUUACAAAGCGGUUUCUUGUCUUUCUUUCCUUUUUUUGUUUUGUUUUGUUUUGUUUCGUUUCGUUUCGUUUCGUUUUGUUUCGUUUUAAGAUUCCUUACUGGCUUGCUACCAGCAAUUGAACUGUAUUAUUCUUUAUAGAGCUAGAGCUGUUUGUUGUCUUCUUAAAAAUAAACCUUUUUCUGUUAAAAACCA